GUAAACCCCCGCACUGUGCAACUCGCACACCACAUCAUCGUGUCAAAUAAUCAGCUACAGCAACUACUCCGCAGUUUCUUCUUCUUCUUCUCCUCCUUCAUCUUUUAGCUGAACAAUAAUCUUCGAUUUUUCCAUUCUCACGCGCCCACCCUCGCCGUAAUUCUCAAUCGUUAGGUUUUGAUGAAUUGGAUUCUGUUCUGGAAAGUAGGGUAUUAUUACUCUCUUUCGGUGGCGGUGGAGUAGCUUCCACGCACUAUUGUGAAAUAAUGCAAUCAGUGGCAAUAGUGAUAUUUUGGUGCUGGAGAUAAGGGGCGAUGGGCGGUUGUUGCUGUUGUUGUUCUCCCAAAGUGACCGAAUUGAGCGCUCCAACUGCAUACUACUAUUACCCAAGAGCAUCAGAGGAGCAUGUUCCACUUUCAUCUCACCCGGGUGCUGCGUCUGCUUUCUCUGGGCGACUCUUAGUUGAUACUAAUCUAGAUACUUCAAGCCCCGAUACUUACAGACCACCUCCUGCUCCUAUUCCCUUCAAUGUCACCUUAGGUACCACUCACACACCACCUGUGGCUCAAGAAAUUGUUGGAGACAAGAGUAAUGCUUCCUUACAAUCUACGAAUUCUAAUUCAAUUCAAGAACCAGUUGCUGGAGAUAAUCAUGGGACGUCAACUAAAUUGGAAGAGCUGAAAGAAUCAGAAGGCAGAGCUCAGACUGAUUUUGAACUUGAGUCAACUAAGGAUUCUGAGAUUGAACUUCCAAAGUUGAGAAAACCUAUAAAUUUAGCUGAAGAGGAGGAUUCGUGCCCAAUUUGUUUAGAAGAGUAUGAUACAGAAAAUCCAAAACUCACCACCAAAUGUGACCAUCAUUUUCACCUUGCAUGCAUCCUGGAGUGGAUGGAAAGAAGUGAAACUUGCCCUGUGUGUGAUCAGGAAAUGGUUUUCAACCCUCCCAUUGAAUAAUAGAUGUCAACUUAGGGGGUUCAAACAUAGUAUGUGAUACAGUUUGAGGAGGUUUCAACGUCAUUGGUUGCUAUCUUGCCAACCGAAUUAUAUGGGUGUAUUUUGAUUGUUUUGUUCUUCUGAAUUACCUGAGGUUUUCUUCCCCCCCCCCCCCCCCCCCCAUUUUUUGUGCAGAGUCCUUUGUGUUGGUUACAGGAAAUUAAAGGAAAGUAGGAUGUUAUUGUUUAAUAGUUCUCAAUUAGAAAGUUUAAAAUAGUGUUGAGUCCUAACUCCUAAGUGCAAUAUAUUGCAUACAUUAUGUUAGGAGACAUGUUAAUUACAAAACAACGAUGCUUUCAAUAUGAUUUCCCGUGCUUCUUUUAUCGUA